GCUCGAGUAAUUUAUUUGUUUCCCGUACCUCACAAACAAAACAUUUUGUAAAUUAGUCACAUAUAGUUAUAAUGCACACAUUUGCUUUGUGCUCAUCUUUCUUGACCUGCCAACCCAUCAACAUAAACUCUUUAUUCAAGCCGAAAUCAUGUAAUAAUUAUUGUCCGACUAGUAAUUUUAAGAAAUUUGAGUCGAAAAUACGACAAAAUUCUAGUAUUUUUUCGUAUUUUGAUGUGGAUUUGAAACCGGAAUCAUGGAAAUCUAUGGAGGGUCUUGUUCAAUGCCCAACAAAUUAUGUUCCAUUAUCACCUAUCAGCUUUUUGGAGAGGGCAGCAAAGGUGUAUGGAGAUAGGACUUCAGUUGUUUAUGGUAGUGUUCAGUAUUGUUGGAGUGAGACCUACGAGCGUUGCGUUAGGCUUGCUUCUGCCUUGACUCAGCUGGGAGCUUCUCAUGGUGAUGUGGUAGCGAUCUUGGCCCCUAAUGUUCCAGCAAUGUACGAGCUGCAUUUUGCAGUCCCAAUGGCAGGAGGUGUUCUUUGUACGCUUAACACACGAUAUGACUCAAAUAUGGUUUCUGUCUUGUUGGAACAUUCAGAAGCAAAUAUCAUUUUUGUAGAUUAUCAGUUGCUUGAUGUUGCUAGCAAAGCACUUGAUCUUCUUACGAAAAGAGAAAGGAAAUCACCCAUAAUGGUCUUGAUUUCUGAAUCUGAUGGUUUGUCUCCAACUGGCUUCACUUCAAACACUUAUGAAUAUGAAAGUCUCUUGGCAACUGGAAAUAAGGGAUUCGAGAUUCGACGACCGAAAAGUGAAUGGGAUCCCAUCACUGUAAAUUAUACUUCUGGCACAACAUCAAGACCCAAAGGAGUUGUUUUUAGUCACAGAGGAGCUUAUCUGAAUUCCCUUGCAACAGUUCUCCUUCAUGGUACUGGGGCAAUGCCUGUUUACCUCUGGACAGUCCCUAUGUUUCACUCCAAUGGAUGGUGUCUUACUUGGGGAAUGGCGGCGCAGGGUGGCACUAAUAUAUGCAUUAGAAAAGUCACUCCAAAUGCCAUCUUUGACAGCAUAGGACAGCACAAUGUGACACACAUGGGAGGGGCACCAACUGUCUUGAACAUGAUAGUGAAUUCACCUGUCAGUGACAGGAGAACGCUUCCCCACAAAGUGGAAAUAAUGACUGGGGGUGCUCCGCCACCCCCUCAAAUCAUUUUCAAGAUGGAAGAGUUGGGUUUCGGAGUUUCUCACUUGUAUGGUCUUACAGAAACUUAUGGUCCAGGGACUUAUUGUGCAUGGAAACCUGAAUGGGAUUCACUGCCUCCUGAUGAGAGAGCAAAGGUGAAAGCCCGACAAGGGAUACACCAUCUUGGCUUGGAAGAUGUCGAUGUGAGAGAUCCAAUGACUCAGGAAAGUGUACCAGCUGAUGGUAAAACAAUAGGUGAGGUUGUGUUUCGAGGAAAUACUAUAAUGAGUGGGUACCUUAAAGACUUGAAAGCUACAGAGGAAGCUUUCCAAGGCGGAUGGUUUCGGAGUGGGGAUCUUGCUGUGAAACAUCCUGAUGGAUACAUUGAAGUGAAGGACCGACUGAAGGAUAUUAUAAUUUCCGGUGGAGAGAAUAUAAGUACAGUUGAAGUGGAAACAGUUUUAUAUAGUCAUCCAGCAAUUUUUGAGGCUGCAGUAGUUGCACGGCCAGAUGAUCAUUGGGGACAAACACCUUGUGCAUUUGUGAAGUUAAAAGAGGGAUUUGUUGUGAGCGAGCAAGAUAUAAUCAAGUUUUGCCGUGAUCGCUUACCACAUUAUAUGGCCCCUCGGACAGUUAUUUUUGAGGAUUUGCCUAGAACCUCAACUGGGAAGGUACAGAAGUUUAUUCUGAGGGAGAAAGCAAAGACCAUGGGAAGCCUCUGAUGAAACAUGGAAGAAAAGAAAACAACUCGCGUUAUCCACCCAUCUCUACAUCUCGUGUUAAUGAUCCCCAGCUGGCUAUCACAUGCAAUAUUUUCAGGACCUUGCAACUGUCCCACACCCAAAAAUUGCGAUCCUUUGAGGUGGUCUAGUAGUUGUAAAGCACUGUUGAUUCUUAAUCUUUGUGAACCAGUAUUUUUGAAUAAAAUUUCUAUUUUUAGUUGUUAAAAAA